AUGUCCACCUUCGACGCGCUCGUCGCGGACCUCACGAAGGAUUUCCACCGCGUCCAGCCAAAAGACGCUCUCCAAUUCUGUUCAUCCUGGUUCCAAUCCCGUCUCGAAGAACAACGCACCCGCAUCCGUGAUAUACUCGCCCACCGUCCAUCCCUUGCCGCCGCUCUUCCCCCAGAUCACUUCAUCGACAACCCACACACCGUACCCCUCAUGUCGGGCGUCAAUCCCAUCAACUCUGCCCUUCGCGCUCGUUUCGCUCGUGAUGGCGCAGCUAACUUCUCUAUCGACGGAACUCCUGAUCCUCAUACGACCAGCAGCAAUAUGAACAUCGGACUCGGGCGCACGAACACACCACCAAUGCCACCCGUGCCACCCGGCGGAUUCAACAACCCCAACCCGCAUUCCAUCUUCAAUAACGCGUCCCCGUUCAAUACUAUCGCAUAUGACAUGCAUGCUACGCCGAGCGUGUCCCCCGUCCCGGUCCCCAUCAUCGAUCAGAAUUAUCAUCUGAACGCCGCGUUCGGAACGCCUACUAUUCUCGACCGUCGGAUGUCCGUCAGCGCAGAACCCAUCUCCCUCUCGGACGACGACGAAUCCUCAGCCCCACUCCCUGUCCAUCCAAAAUCGCCAGACCAACUCUCACGCAUCAAAGCCUCCAUCUCGGGCGAAAACUUUCUGUUCAGCGGGCUAGACGAGGAACAGCUCACGGGCGUGCUGAACGCGAUGCAGGAGAAGAAAGUGAAGAAGAACGAGAUUGUGAUCCUACAAGGCGAGAAUGGGACGGAGUUCUACGUGGUGGAGAGCGGGCUCUGUACAGUGUAUAAAGACGAGAAGAAGAAGGUGAAGGAUCCUUGGUUGCAACCUUCGGACAGGUCUACACAUUUCACGUCGGACGAUGAGUUCUACUCCGAGGAGGAGGGGAGGGGAAAGGGACAUAAGGUGUUCGGGGAGUGGAUGAUUGAUUGUGGGGCUGGGAGUUCAUUCGGCGAGUUGGCGUUGAUGUAUGGACAUGCGCGCGCGGCUAGCGUCGUCGCCCGGGAGGAUUCGACGCUCUGGGUGCUCGAUCGGGAGACGUUCAGGACGAUUAUACUCAAGGCUGCGUUUAGGCGGAGGACGAUGUAUGAGCAUUUCGUGAGCAUGGUGCCGUUGUUGAGCGCGCUUUCGCCCGAGGAGAGGAGUAAGGUCGCGGAUGCGCUGGUGAGCACGGUUUAUGAGGAUGGACAGGCGGUGGUGAAGGAGGGAGAGUUGGGAGAUAAGUUUUAUUUUGUGGAGGAUGGGGAGGCGAUUGUGACGAAGAUUCAGAAGGAUGGGGAGGAUGGGGAGCAGAGAGAGAUUCAGGUAGGACAUUAUCGGGAGAAGGGAGACUAUUUCGGAGAGCUGGCGCUUCUGAAGCUCGCACCCCGUGCAGCCACCGUUAAAGCUGUGACCAGAGAACCUGGCUCCCAACUCCCAAAGCUAAAGGUCGCCGCGCUGGACGCAGUGACCUUCAACCGACUCUUGGGUCCUCUCAGGGAUAUUAUGGAGCGGCGGAAGUACGUCGAUUACUCCAUGGACGAUUAAGGACCUUCAACCUAUUCUGCGGACGAACACUGUACGGGCGAAAGGAGGGCACGAAUUGUGUGUCUAGUUGUUGAAUGUGUUUUCGGAAUGGAGGGUUUGGAACAUUUUGUAUAAGUAUACCCGCUGGUGCUGGAUCUGAAUCUCAUUGUAGCCUUUUCUUGCUUAUUCAUUUUUUGCUUUCGCUCGCCUACGUCUUGUUUUCAGUGACCUUUUCUACCCACUUCUUGGAUAAUUCAGUCGAGUUGGGAUUGGAUGUAUAGCUCUCAAUUUCAGUGAUCCUUGUGUACUCAAUUCCAUCC